ACUGAUCAGUUGAAAAACUAAGCUGCAACGUUAAGCAAGCAAGCACACAGAGUAGAAUUGUUAAUUGGCAAUGGAUUUGGCUGGCAAAAAUGUGGUUUACCUCGGUGGCUUUGGCGGCAUAGGCCAAAAAACAUGCAGCGAACUGCUCGAGCGCCAACUACAGGCGUUGGCCAUAUUCGAUCUGACGCUGAACGAAGAGAUCUUGACUACAUGGCAGUCCAAAUUUCCCAACACCAAAAUAUUUUAUCUGAAAGUGGACAUUACCCAAAGAUCAGACAUCGAGGCUGCCUAUAAGGAGGCUGUGGAACGUUUGGGUCAUUUGGAUCUGGUGGUGAAUGGCAUGGGACUGAUGGAUGAUCGACAUAUUGAUCUCACUAUUCAGAUCAAUUUGAUGGGUGUUAUAAACAGUUGUCUGAUUGCCCUCGAAUACAUGGAUAAGUCGAAGGGUGGCAAGGGAGGUAUGAUCGUGAACAUCUCCUCGGUGGCGGGAAUCCAACCAACUCCAUUAAUGUCCGUCUAUUCGGCAGCCAAGCAUGGAGUGACAACUUUUACUCGCUGUCUUGCGCACCCUCCCUAUUUUGACAUCAUGGGCGUCGCCUUUGUCACCAUCUGUCCUGGCUUCACUGAGACUCCUUUGCUCAACGACCUCGCUGAUAAGAUCACAUUCAAAUUCGAGACUCCAAUGGCUUUGAGGAAAGCAAAGCGUCAGCCACCUCAAGUUUGUGCCGAGAACUUUGUAAAAGUCAUUGAAAAGGCCCAAAAUGGCACAGCUUGGUUGCUGGACGUGGGUGAGAUCAAAGAGAUCGAGUUUCCUGUGAUGUGGAUACCCCAGCUUGCGUUGGCCGUAUUCGACUUGACGUUGAACGAAAAAAUUUUGACGCAAUGGCAGCUGAAAUAUCCGAAUACGAAAAUAUUCUAUCAAAAAGUGGACAUUACGGAAAAAUCUCAAAUUGAGGAAGCUUACAAGGUGGCUAAAGAACGUUUGGGGCAUUUUGAUCUCGUUAUUAAUGGCAUGGGAUUCUUGGAUGAUCGACGAAUUGUGUUGACUCUACAAAUAAAUUUGCUGGGCGUUAUCAACAGCUGCCUGAUAGCCCUGGAGCACAUGGACAAGUCCAAGGGGGGUCGGGGAGGCAUGAUUGUGAACAUCUCAUCGGUGGCUGGAAUAGAACCAACUCCCAUCAUGUCAGUCUAUUCGGCAUCUAAGCACGGAGUUACGGCUUUUACUCGCUGUCUUGCGGGUCCCUUUUUUGCAUCCUCUGGCGUUAGCUUUGUGACUGUUUGCCCGGGCAUGACGGCAACUACUUUGAUCGAUAAUAUGCAGGAUCGGACUAUAUAUAAAUUUGACAUACCCGCUGAGUUGGAUGCCAACAAGAUGAAGCGUCAAUCAGUCCAAGUUUGUGCAGAAAACAUUAUCAAAGUCGUUCAGCAGGCUAAAAAUGGAUCAGCUUGGCUUCUAGACGUGGGUGAGCUUAAAGAGAUCGAGUUUCCUGUGAUGUGGAUACCCCCCAUGGAGUCAUAAUUAUAGAUAUACGAAUUGCCUUAGAAUUCUAUAAUAAACUUUUCCCGCAACCAUGCUUAGACAUUAUAAAAAUAGCAUUACAUAAUUCUUAUACACAUACUUACUUCCA